UGCAGAUAUUCUAUAAGCUACUUUCAUCAUGGGGGAAAUAGAGCAGAAGCCCACCCCAGGCUCACGACUGGGAGCACCAGAGAAUUCGGGGAUCAGCACCCUGGAACAUGGGCAGAAGCCUCCUCCGACGCCUUCAGGAAAACUCAUGUCCAUCAAAAUCCAGAUGCUGGAUGACACCCAGGAGGCCUUUGAGGUCCCACAAAGAGCUCCAGGGAAGGUGUUGCUGGACGCCGUGUGCAGCCACCUCAACCUCGUGGAGGGCGACUACUUUGGCCUCGAGUUUCCUGAUCACAAAAAGAUCACGGUGUGGCUGGAUCUCUUAAAACCUAUUGUGAAGCAGAUUCGAAGGCCAAAACAUGUUGUUGUUAAGUUUGUGGUGAAAUUCUUUCCACCUGACCACACACAACUCCAGGAGGAACUCACCAGGUACCUGUUUGCUCUGCAGGUGAAGCAGGACCUGGCCCAAGGCAGGCUGACGUGCAAUGACACCAGCGCUGCUCUCUUGAUCUCACACAUCGUGCAAUCUGAGAUUGGGGAUUUUGAUGAAGCAUUGGACAGAGAGCACUUAGCAAAAAACAAGUACAUACCUCAGCAAGAUGCGCUAGAAGACAAAAUCGUGGAAUUUCACCACAACCACAUUGGACAAACACCAGCAGAGUCCGAUUUCCAGCUCUUGGAGGUGGCCCGUCGACUGGAGAUGUACGGGAUCCGGUUGCACCCGGCCAAGGACAGGGAAGGCACUAAGAUCAACUUGGCCGUGGCCAACACGGGAAUCCUAGUGUUUCAGGGUUUCACCAAGAUCAAUGCCUUCAACUGGGCCAAGGUGCGGAAGCUGAGCUUCAAGAGGAAGCGCUUUCUGGUCAAGCUCCGUCCAGAUGCGAAUAGCUCAUACCAGGACACCUUGGAAUUCCUAAUGGCCAGUCGGGAUUUUUGCAAGUCCUUUUGGAAAAUCUGUGUGGAACAUCACGCCUUUUUUAGACUUUUCGAAGAGCCCAAACCAAAGCCAAAGCCUGUUCUCUUUAGUCGAGGGUCAUCAUUUCGCUUCAGCGGUCGGACUCAGAAGCAGGUUCUCGACUAUGUUAAGGAAGGAGGACACAAAAAAGUGCAGUUUGAAAGAAAACACAGCAAGAUUCAUUCCAUCCGGAGCCUUGCUACGCAGCCCACAGAACCAAAUUCAGAAGUGCCAAAACAGUCUCCGCAGAGCACCAGCCUUACAUUCGGAGAAGGUGCCGACUCCCCGGGUGGCCAGAGCUGCCAGCAAGGAAAGGAACUGAAAGUGUCCACCCCAGAGUCAGGGCCACAGCAAAGCCCCGCUCUGAAGAAGAGCCCCGCGGGGAGCCAGCCGGCCGACAGAGCCACCAAGACGCCAGCCGAGGAAGAGGAGGAGGAGGAGGGUGUCAAGGAGCGCGUCCGGCAGAGUAAACCUCAGCCCCCGCAGCCUAGCACAGGCUCCCUGACUGGUAGCCCUCACCUUUCAGAGCUGUCCAUCAACUCACAGGGAGGGACGGCCCCCGCCAACGUGACCUUGUCUCCCAACCUGAGCCCUGACACCAAGCAGGCCUCUCCCCUGAUCAGCCCACUGCUGAACGACCAGGCGUGUCCCAGGACGGACGACGAGGAGGAGGGCCGGAGAAAGAGAUUCCCAACAGACAAGGCAUACUUCAUCGCUAAAGAGGUGUCCACCACUGAGCGGACGUAUCUGAAGGAUCUUGAAGUCAUCACUUCGUGGUUUCAUAGCACCAUGAGCACAGAGGACUCCAUGCCCGAAACAUUGAAAAGUCUCAUAUUCCCGAAUUUUGAACCUUUGCACAAAUUUCAUACCAAUUUUCUCAAGGAAAUCGAGCAACGACUGGCUCUGUGGGAAGGCCGCUCAAACGCCCACCUCAAAGGAGAUCACCAAAGAAUCGGAGACGUCAUGCUGAGGAACAUUCAGGGCAUGAAGCCCCUGGCAGCGCACCUCUGGAAGCAUGGCGAGGCACUGGAGGCGCUGGAGAACGCUAUCAGGAGCUCGCGGCGCCUGGAGCUCCUCUGCAGAGACUUCGAGCUGCAGAAGGUGUGUUACCUGCCGCUCAACACCUUCCUCCUGCGCCCGCUGCACCGGCUCAUGCACUACCAGCAGGUCCUGGAGCGUCUGUGCAAGCACCACGCACCCAGCCACGCAGACUUCAGGGACUGCCGAGCCGCGUUGGCAGAGAUGACUGAAAUGGUGGCGCAGUUGCACGGUACGAUGAUCAAGAUGGAGAACUUCCAGAAGCUGCAUGAACUCAAGAAAGACUUGAUUGGCAUUGACAAUCUCGUGGUUCCCGGGAGGGAGUUCAUCCGCCUGGGCAGCCUCAGCAAGCUCUCGGGGAAGGGGCUCCAGCAGCGCAUGUUUUUCCUGUUCAACGACGUCUUGCUGUACACCAGCCGGGGACUGACCGCCUCCAACCAGUUUAAAGUCCACGGGCAGCUCCCGCUCUAUGGCAUGACGAUCGAGGAGAGCGAGGACGAGUGGGGGGUGCCCCACUGCCUGACCCUCCGAGGCCAGCGGCAAUCCAUCAUCGUGGCCGCCAGUUCUCGGUCCGAGAUGGAAAAGUGGAUUGAGGACAUCCAGAUGGCCAUUGACCUGGCAGAGAAGAGCAGUGGCCCCACACCUGAGUUCCUGGCCAGCAGCCCCCCGGACAACAAGUCCCCCGACGAAGCCACCACGGCCGACCAGGAGUCGGAGGACGACCUGAGUGCCUCACGCACCUCGCUGGAGCGCCAGGCCCCUCACCGCGGCAACACGAUGGUGCACGUGUGCUGGCACCGCAACACCAGCGUCUCCAUGGUGGACUUCAGCGUCGCCGUGGAGAACCAGCUGUCUGGGAGCCUGCUGAGGAAAUUCAAAAACAGCAAUGGGUGGCAGAAGCUGUGGGUGGUGUUCACGAACUUCUGCCUGUUCUUCUACAAGUCACACCAGGACAAUCAUCCCCUCGCCAGCCUGCCUCUGCUCGGGUACUCGCUCACCAUCCCCUCGGAGGCUGAGAACAUCCACAAGGACUAUGUGUUCAAGCUGCACUUCAAGUCCCACGUGUACUACUUCAGGGCUGAAAGCGAAUACACGUUCGAAAGGUGGAUGGAAGUGAUCCGAAGUGCCACCAGCUCUGCCUCUCGGGCCCAUGUUUCAAGUCACAAAGAAUCUCACAUGUAUUGAUGGCUGGACGCACUCCAUGGCUG